AUGUACAGUCUUUCUCGUUCUCUGUCGGCUUCACCAACUUCUUUCUUUCUUUUUUCUUUCUUUCUUUCUUUCUUUCUUUCUUUCUUACCGGGGUUACGUCUUUCUCUCUUUUUUCUUUUUUCUUCUUCCACUUUAUCUUUUUUCUUUCUAUUUUUUCUUUUCUUCUAUUUUUCUCGACAUUUUAUUCUUUUUCUUAUCCAGCAUUUUUUCCUUCCCUUAAUUCUAUCAUUUCUCAUUCAUUAUUUCCUUCUCGUUCAUUGUUUCUUGUUAAUUUUUCUCUUAUUUUCUUUCUUUUUUUUUUUUUUUUUUUUUUUUGAGGUGGGGAUUCAUUCCCUUUUUAUUCUUUACUCCUUCUUUCUUAGUUUUCUUCUCUAUUUUCUUAGUUUUUCAUCUUUAUCUUUCUUUCCUGUUUCUUUAUCUUUCUCAUUUUCUACAUUUAUUUUGUUUUUUCACACGCUCCAUUCUCUUUCCUUCUAUGUGUUUUUUACUGUUUUCUUUUUCGUCACCCUUCUUUUUUUCUUUCACCUCUUUUUCUCUCCUGUUUUUCUUUCUUAUUUCCCCUCUUUCUUUACACCACCUUGGUGUCUUUCGAUUCCAAAUCUUCCUUCUCUUAUCGUUUUUUUUUUAACUUUUCCUUUUUCAACGUAUCUUAUAAUUGGUUCUAAUUGUUCGCGUUCGAUGUUCUCACUCUUCGUUCACCCGACCCAUUUUUCAUUUUUCCAAUCUAAGCAUUUUUAG